UUGUCGUUGAUCAUGUUUGAUAAUAAUUAAAACAAGGAUCCCGGAUAUCACUGUACAGCUGUUCAUCACGUGGGUAAGAAGUCAAAUGGGUAUGAAGUCAAAGUCUGCGGCUUGAUCUUUCUUCUUACAUAACUUGAUCUCUUUCUCCCAUUGAAACCACAAGAAAUUGAAAUGGAGUCUCUCUUCUCUGCCAUGAUCGUUCUGCUCCUCGCUUCCUUUUCAUGCUUCACUUCUUCAGAAGCUCUCACAAGCAGCAACGGAAACAUCACAAUCAAAUGGGAUCUCAUGAACUGGACACCUGAUGGCUACGUAGCUGUGGUUUCAGCCUACAAUUACCAGAAACAACGCUCAAUUCCUUCACCGGGAUGGAAAAUGAGCUGGAGAUGGACCAGAAAAGAGGUGAUCUGGAGCAUGGUCGGUGCACGAACCACAAAGCAAGGAGAUUGUUCCAUGUUCAAAGGAAACAGCCCUCAUUCCUGCAUAAAUAAACCAACAGUUGUAGACUUGCCUCCUAAAACUCCCUACAACCAGCAGAUUGCUAACUGCUGCAAAGGCGGUGUCUUGAAACCCGGUUUAGAAAGUGCAUUUCAGAUAUCCGUUGGUAAAGCUGGUACAACGGUUAAGACUGUUAGGAUGCCGGUAAACUUCAUGUUCACAGCACCUAAACAACAGUAUCUUUGUGGACCUACUAAGAACGUUAGACCCACGACGUUUAUAAGCGCUGACAAAAGGAGAAUGACUAGAGCACUGAUGACCUGGAACAUUAUUUGCGUCUUCAACAAGGCAACAUGAACACCACAAGUCUCUAAAAUAAUAUCCUCAUAAGGACACAUAUAUCUCCAUAAAUUAUGUUGUUUUGUAUCUUCAUGUAACAUUUAUGUUUUCAAGAUAUGAAAACAUUUGUUUGGUUGA